UUAUGACUCACAACGUUACCCAUGAGCCUCUUGGGGCGCCUGUCCUGUUCUGCUUUGACUGUGGAUCUCUUAAUAGGAUUAUCUAUUCUCAGUCCUGCAAGAAGGCAGCGGCAGAGCAUGUUGAAACGCAACCGUGACAUACCUGUGAGUGACCUCUGAGGAAAGGCUCUCUGUGUGCAUUUUCACAUGUCAAGCAGUUAGGAACCUUCUUCCCGCGCAGCUAUGCAUCCUGAGCCAGAUGGAGAGACCAAUGGCCGGGAUGAGGUGACCAUCUUUGACAGUGACGACAGCGACGAGGAAAGCAGUCAGGAGGAGCCACCCACUCCUAAAUGGAACGAGUUGUCCAUCAUAGAAAGAGUCGGCUUUAACAGUGGGGAGAUGUCAGAGACUGACUUGGAGAACUCCUUCUCUCAGAUUGCUAUGGCCUUCAGCUGUGACCAGUACACCCUGAAGCAGAGACUGCAGGCGGAGGAGCACGCCCGCAACCUGGCUGAGGACAACAUCCAGCUGGAGUUGUCCCGAGGCCGAGAGACCCUGGAGGCACUUAAGGGAUUGUGUCUGGACAGUAGGCGCAGUAAAAUCUUGCAGAGGUUAGAGUUGUCCCUGGACAUCCUGGCUGGAACCGUGGAACGCAUCUCCAACACGGCUGAGGUGCUCGGAGCUGUGCACCAGGAGGCGCGUGUAAGUCGUGCAGUGGAGCUGAUGGUGGCUCACGUGGACAAUGUGAGGAGGCGGCUGGACCGACACGAGGCGGAGCUGGACGAGGCCAAGAAGAUGAUCCUGCUGCAGAAUUCCUGCAGAAGCACCGUGGAACCAGGCGCACCUUUAGAUCCAGAUGACUGUGAUGGCUGGAAGAAAAGCUUUCAGCAGAACGGCAGUCGCCGCAGAGUCAGUAUGUCGUUAAUUCCAAGUGAAAUCCUGCCUGUCCAGAAGAAGGGAAAGAGAGAGUCCAAGAAGCGAGCCUCUCAUGGAGAAGACAAGACAAGCAGGAAGUCCUCCCCUGCCUGCCCGUCUCCUACCCUGAGCUCUGAGUCCAACUGCAGCGCCGUGACCAAGGAGGACAACUCUCCAGUGGAGGACAGGACGCAUGAUCCAGAUGAAAAUGUGUCCCACGUCGCUGCUAUGGUUCCGUCAGAUGCGCUUCCCCACCCCACGUCUACUCCCAUCCCAGAAUGCUCUGUCCCACCCAAACCAGCAGCCGGCACAAAGGCACACGACAACAGGAGCACCUUGGACACGACAAGACACAGGAACAAAAGCAAAGCGUCUUUAUCGAAGAAAAAAACUGACAAGGAGAAAAAAAGGGCAAACAUCCACCGGCGAAUCUCUGUCAACACCAAUGUAUCACCGUGGAGGCGAUGCUGGUUUCAUCAUUGUCGCUGGCUUCUUUUCUGCGUCUGUGUGCUUCUCUCUGUCAUAACCUGGAUUUCCGUCCUGUGGAUGUUUCACGAUGAUGCACCCCAGCCUUGACAUCCGAAUCUGGAUGCUGUGAUCCUCCGAAAGAAACUAUGAGUGAGUCUGGGAUAGGGUUGUACGGUAUACAGGUACUGAUAAAGUACCGCCAUACUAAAAUAAUUGAAAUCGGUACUAUACUACCUUUGAAAGGUACCGGUACCGAAUGCUGCUGUGCGGUGGUGACUACAGAUGCAUGAUGUUGAGUGUGUCAAAACACACACACAAAGUACAUACAAGCAAUAACAUCGUGGAGUGGUAGAGUGGCAAAACCGACAAUUGUGUUGGUUAGAAAAAGAGUGUGCGCAAAGCGCAAAAUUGAGGUAUUUGGGCUUCAAAACUAACAAUAAAAGUGAAGCAUUAAACAGGGCUGCCAGUGUUACUUUAAAAUAUGCCUCGCAAUGUGACAAUUAGUAUUACCACCCUUGCUUCAAACUUAGGUCAACAUUUACAUAACAAACAUUCAGAUCUGCACAAGGAGUCAUACUUGCCAACCUUGAGACCUCCGAAUUCGGGAGGUGGUGAGGCGGGGGCGUGGUAAGAGGGGAGGAGUAUAUUUACAGCUAGAAUUCACCAAGUCAAGUGUUUCAUAUAUACUUGACUUUUAGUGAAUUCUAUCUCUCUCUCUCUCUUUAUAUAUAUAUAUAUAUAUGUAUAUAUAAAUAAGAGAAAUACCUGAAUUUUAGUGUUCAUUUAUUUACACAUAUACACACAUAACACUCAUUUACUCAUUGUUGAGUUAAGGGUUGAAUUGUCCAGCCUUGUUCUAUUCUCUGUCACUAUUUUCUUUUAACCAUGCUGAACACCCUCUCUGAUGAUGCAUUGCUGUGUGGCACGCACAAAAGUGCUUUCAUCAAAUGCACUAGAGUCUGGAAUCUUCCAUCUCUCCCUAGCAUGGCCCAAAUCCGGUCAAUCUUUGCUUCCUGAGGAAGAUCUUCAGUGCCAAGCACUUGGUAGUCCACUACAUCUUCCCGGAGGCUAUCCAGGUCCAAUCGCUGCUGCGGCCUGGUACUUACAAGCGUAUUUCUUCAUCUUACUCGGCGCCAUGGCUGUAUCUUCCUCGUUCUUCUGCUUCGUCUCCUUGUUGUGUGCGCAGUUGUGCACUGCACUCUCUAAAAGCCGUAGAUGUUAUUGUCACAUAAGCAAGUACAGUAGAUGGCAGUAUUGUCCUGUUUAAGAGUGUCACAACAUUGCUGUUUACGGCAGACGAACUGCUUCACGGUGGACGAAAACGUGACUGCUGUUGUUGUGUGUUGUUACCGUGCCGGGAGGACGUUAAUGAAACUGCCUAACAGUAAACCCACAUAAGAAACCAAGAACUUGCCCUCGAUCAUUCUACAGUUAUAACGUCAUUGGGCAGGCACGCUAUUUAUAUUGUGGGAAAGCGGACGUGAAAACAGGCUGUCGACACGUCACUCAGGUUCGCAUUGGAGCUGGAGGGGGUGUGGCCUCCAGCUCCGCCUAAAUUUCGGGAGAAAAUUUGUCCCGGGAGGUUUUCGAGAGAGGCGCUGAAUUUCGGGAGUCUCCCGGAAAAUCCACAAGGGUUGGCAAGUAUGCAAGGAGUUAUAAAAAGUAACAGGUAAUAAUGUAGUUGUUAAACCUGUCCUGCUGUUUAGCUCCGGUGCAGACCGUAGUCGAGGAGCACAGGGCAGACAUUUCUUUCAGGGCGGAUGUUUUCAUCUGGGGUAAACUUCGCUUUACCCACCAAUGGGUCUGCUAAGCUCCGCUUUCCGGUCAGAAUUCGAGGCCGCCGAUUCAUGCGCAAUGCACGCGCUCCCUCUCUCUCUCUUUACUCGCUCUGUGACGUCACCAGCUUCUUUGUUGUGCACAUGUAGAUAGUAGACGCUGACACAGCUGAUUGGCUUGAUGCCAAAUAUUAGCAGAAUUAGGACCGCCCAUCUAGCGUUAACUAAUGCUAAUUGCUACAAUUUGUGUUUUAUCUGUAACAAAUGUGUGUUUUACCUGCUACAUGGCUUAUCUGUGUACUUUUAUCCAUAGUUUUGUUCUUAGUACUUACAAAUAAUUGUAUUUUUCUUAAAGCACAGACCAGGAAUGGCAACCAUAAAUCAUGAAUAAUUAAAUAUAUUGUCAGUAACAUUUUAUGUUCUAUUCUAACCUAAUCCUUGACUAUAGUAGGCCAUAUGUAAUAUGGAAAAGCCCAAUGUGUUUACUGCCUUUUUUAAUUCGUAUUUUAACCUUAUAUUAUUUUUCUUUGAGUGCAAUAGGAAACAUAUGUUUUAUGUAUUGUAAGAUUUUCUGAUAAAAUAAAGCCAAUAUUGACAUUUUUCAAAGUUCCCUUUAUUUGGAGAAGUAUCAAAUUUUGGUACCGGUACCAAAUAUAUUGGUAUCAGGACAACCCUAGUCCAGGAGGUUUUGGUGGCAAAGUAUUAAACCUUUUAAUGUAAAAAAAGCUUUGGUUUUAAUGUUCUCAAUUGAAUAAAAACCUCACAAUGCAAUGUUAAUUUGCACAUUAUUUACUAUAAAUAUAGAAAACAAUACAAUCACCUGGUUAGUUGGUAACAUUCUGCAGUGGAAACAGUCAUCAAGUCACUCUUAAAGGCAUCAAGGAAGAAUAGUUCAUGAUUCAUUCAUGAAUUGUUCAAAUCUGAACUAUGUAGUAGAAAAAGCAACACAUUUAGUAGUCUUGAUGUUUAGAGCAAUACUCUUUAAAUAGUGGAUAAAUAUUAAAAUUAUAUUAGGAAUGGAGAAGCAAUCAUUGUGCAAAAUGUGUGUUUUCCAUCAAACGAUGUGACACCUCCUUCUAAUUGCAUCGAUUCACCUCACAUUUUUUUUAUUUCUAUAAAAAAGGAUCUACUCAGAAUAAAAACAUUUUAAAUAAAUAAUAUUGGCAUGUAGCCUUACGUUAAGUUUUAAAUUAUAUGAUAAAAAGGGUGAGGUAUCUACCGUACUGUAGGUCCGCAUUGUCUGCAUCGACGUAUCAUUCUCAUAGAGAGUCCAAGUACUUGAAUAAUUACAGCCUAAAUGAUAGACAAUAAAGAAAGUGGUAGCAUAGAUCUAAUAAACACGCUAUGGAGUCAUGGCUACACCUGGCUCACAAUUUCUGCAUCCUCUGCCACAAACCACUGGACUGGGGUUCCAUCUGCAGCUCUCUGGAGGACCAGAUUACCAGAACCCUGCAAGAACACAACAGAAGACGUUGAUCUAGUGCAAUUACAUUAAAACGCAUGCUUUAAUGCCCAUUUUCUUAAAAUGCAGCAACAAGCAUUUAUGAGAGGCGAGGUGGUAACUGGAGAUGGUCUUCUAAUGCAGUGUUUCUCAAAUGGGGGUACGCGUACCCCUGGGGGUACAUGAGAUUUUCUUUUUUUAAAUAUUCUAAAAAUAGCAACAAUUCAAAAAUCCUUUAUAAAUAUAUUUAUUGAAUAAUAAUUCAACAAAAUAUGAAUGUAAGUUCAUAAACUGUGAAAAGAAAUGCAAUAUUUAGUGUUGACAGCUACUUUUUUUGUGGACAUGUUUCCUAAAUAUUUUUUUCAACCAAAACUGCUUUGCUCUGAAUAGGGGGUACUUGAAUUAAAAAAAAUGUUCACGGGGGUAGGUACGAAACUGAAAAAAUGUUGAGAACCACUGUUCUAAUGUUUCGCUAAGCAUUUCUAAAUUAAAUUAGAAGGGCAUUAUGCAUUACAAAUGCAUUACUGUAUCAUAGAAAUAUAGAAAUGCAUUUUCUAUGUAUCAAAAACACCUCACCUCUAAUAAAUUAUUGCUACUUUCCAGUAGUACUAGAUAUCGUCAUUAAGUUGCAAAGUGUGUGUUACAUGUUAAGAUGAACUGUAUUUAAUAUAUACAUAUAUAUUUUUCAAUUUUUUUUCAAUGUUAACCCUCUAAGGACAUUCGAUUCCAAUUAUGUUUAAGCUUAAACAGGACGUAAAAGUUCUUAAUUUUCAAAAUUAUGGGUUUAAAUAAAUUAUUUGUAUUUUGGUGUCAACAUAUUUUGUAUUCAUAUUUAUUCAUUCCUAAACAAAAUGUAUCUUUUACAUUUGGAGUUUUCUGAAGACCUCUUGAUCAGAUAUUGUCACAGGUUUAUGGAUAAUUAUAAUCAUUGAAUAAUGUGACAUUAAUUGUUUAAAAGGCCUUUCCACAAGUUAAAAAAAAUAGUAAAUUAAUAUUAAGUGUUUGAUAUUUUUGUUCAGAGCUGAAGUUUACUGGGAAAUUUGAGCAAAAAAAGGUAGAAAAAAGUAUUAUUCUCAAAUAUUUUUAUGCUAAAAUAAAACCAUUAAAAAUGUUCCUUAGUACUUAAUUUUAAAAAGUACGCACUAAAUAAAAUAAAAAAAACACCCCUCAGAGGGUUCUGUGAGUGUGUAUGUGGAUUUGUGAUAAAACAAUUUCAUUUAAUUUUUUAAAUGAUGUACUAAAUACAAAUGUUAAUUGUUUUACUGCAACAAUUCUUAUUCAGUACUUGUUUUUUAAAAAAAAAUAAUGGACUAAAUGAAAAUGGUCAAAACAACAAAAAUUGUAAAUUAUUUAAUUUGGCAUAGACAUUUUUUAGAUUCAUGUUUAUGUUUUACUUGCUUUCUCUUUUUUUUUGCUUCCACCCUAAACAAAUCACUGCUUGUGUCCUGGAAAUAAACAUUUUAACAUUUGAACUCUCUCAAAAAAUAUCAUGCAAAAAGGAGUAAUACAACAAGUUGUGGCCAAGAAUACAGUAGAGAGGUACUGAAAGGACAAAAAAAAGUCAGCUUUUGUCCCUGAGGGUUAAGUGUCACUAUUUAUGUGAAAAUACAUGAUUCAAUAUUAAUAGUAUUACUGAUAUUAUGUAAUUAAAUGUUUCAUAUAAACCUCAGUUAUUCAAAAUAAUACAGUGAUGUAAUAACAAAACAUGCAAACAUACAAUCCGAAUAAAUAAACAAAAUAAUGACUACAUUCAUGGUAUGGUAUGGUACUGUGCACUAGAAAACCAUGAACUUGGUAUUUAUAUAGGUUUUUUUAAAUACCUUUUUUGCCACUAAUAAAUAAUACAGCUCAUCGAUAAUAUAAUUUGUGUACUAACCUGAUGGAAUGGCGGCAUGUGUGGUGAAGUGGGGCUCUUGACCCCCAUAGGGCUCUGCUGCUCCACCAAGUUCGGGUUCUGACUACGUUGGUGCCAGGACUUGAGCUCCUCUGACACCACCUCCCUGGGCAUGGCACGGAUGGCGUGGUUGGGGUACUCCUUCAGCGAGGGCGUUCGCACCACACUGGUGUAAGGAGGCGGCAGUUUGGGUGUUGACACCUGCUCCUGCCAGGGUCUUUGCUGCGGGAUGCUGCGCGUGACAGGUGGAGAGGACACAAAACGCUUGCCCAGGUCUUGAGGUGAAAGCGGGGUACAAGCCCUGAGCUGAGGCUGGUUGCUGUUGUUUUUGGGUAAGUCGCACGGCAGCACUUUUUUGGGCGCUCCAAAGUGGAAGCCAUAAGGCGGAGGGCAAAGCUUGGGGAUCUCCGUGGAUCCCUCCCUGCCUGGCGAGCUCAGGUAGGACGAAGACGAGUGCUCGGAGCUGCUGUCCUCAGAACUGGACUGGUACGGCCGCAUGGGAGAGGACUCCGGAGACAGCACAAUAAAGUCGGCUGCGCAGCGUCGCAGGGGCAGACGGCUUGGCC